AAUCUCUCUAAACCCAUCUGAUCUUGAAACACACAGGAUUAUUUUUUUUCUGCUAUUCAUUCCUUAGAGAUGUUGGCCCUUCAAUCAAAUAAAUGACCAACUAUUGAUUUUUCUUCACAUACAUGUAAUCCUUCAUUGGAUUUCUGCACACCCACUUACAAUUAUAGCAGUAAAUUCCAUGGAAGGACCACCAUUAGCCUUGGGAGGACAAAGGCUGGGCAGAAGGAAAACAGCAAUAUCAAUAAUAAUGAGAAUAGUGAGAAGAAGAAACCAAAGCAAUCUCUGUUUGGAAGCAUCACAGAAGCACUUGAUUUUUCUCAGGCAAGGUCUGAAGAAGAUGCCAAUCUUAUAGAAGAUGCAAAGUAUGCCACUAAAUCUGGAGAAAAAAUGAGCAGAGAGCAGUAUGCUGCUCUGAGGAGAAAAAUUGGUGGGACUUACAAAGAUUUCUUCAAGGGAUAUAUAGAUGUGGAAGGAGAAUAUGUGGAAGAGGGAUGGGUGGAUAAAACAUGCAAAAUAUGCAACAAGGAUACAAGCCAAGAGCCUAGGAGUGUUGAUUUUAUGGGUAGAUAUGCUCAUGUAGCCUGCUUGGAGAAAAAUAAAUCUGGAAAUUUCUUUAGCAGGCUCUUUGGUAAAUGAGAAGAGUCAACUAACUACACUGACAUGCUUUUGUGUUUAGCUAUAAAUUUUGAUUUUAUGUGGCGAUGUGAUUGUAGGCAUAUUUGCGAAGAGAAAGAUUUGGCUUUAUUGUUGUAAUUCAUAGUUCUUUUUUAAAAUAUAAUGCGAAUCAUAUUGGAAAAGAAAUGAAAAUGGAAAUGGAUUCUUUUUAA